UGUUCCCAAACACACUCCCAAACCCCCAAUUCAGCUAAAUUUAAUUCCCAAAAAAAUAUUUAUAAAAUUUAAAUUAAAAUUCCUCAAUCCUCCAUAGACACCCCUUCGAUUCUUCUUCUUCUUCUUCUUCUUCUUCUUCUUCAUCUCUCUCUCUUAACCAUGUCUGGUUCUGAUGGUGUUAACAACAACAAUGGCGCCAUAAUCGACCAUUCUCAACAACAGAGACAUCAACACCAAAUACAGGGGAAUCAGUCCACCAACAAUGGCGCUUUGGUCGUCAGAAAACCUCCGUCCAAGGACCGCCACAGCAAGGUCGACGGCCGUGGCCGUCGUAUUCGUAUGCCCAUCGUUUGCGCCGCUCGCGUUUUUCAACUCACCCGCGAAUUGGGUCAUAAAUCCGACGGCCAGACUAUCGAAUGGCUUCUUCGUCAAGCAGAGCCGUCGAUUAUCGCCGCCACUGGCACCGGCACCACUCCGGCUAGCUUCUCCACUAUCUCCGCCUCACUCCGAGGCACUCCUGCCGUUGCUUCCUCUUCUUCUUCCUCUCUCGACCAUAAACCCCUUUUAGCUCCGGCGCCCUUCAUUUUAGGUAAACGUGUCAGAACCGAUGACGAUGGAGCUAAUAAAGACGACAGCGGCGGCGGUGGCAUUUCGGUCGGCCCCACUAUUGGUUCGAUUAUGGGUCCGGCUGCCACAGGUGGGUACUGGGCGAUUCCCGCGAGGUCGGAUUUUGGACAGGUGUGGAGCUUUGCGGCGGCGGCAGCUCCGGAGAUGGUGAUUCAGCCAACCGCCGUUUCUCAUCAAGCGUCGCUGUUCGUUCAGCAGCAAUCGAUGGGAGAGGCGUCGGCGGCGAAAGUGGGAAAUUACCUUCCGGGGCAUCUGAAUUUGCUUGCUUCUUUAUCAGGUGGACCAGGAAGUUCCGGACGAAGAGACAACGACCACCAUUGAUUUCGUAAUCCGGCCGCCGUUCACGACGGCGUUGUAAUAAUUCUGUCCCUCUGAUCUUGUGGGUGUUCGUGUUCAUAGAAUAUAUAACAACCACCCUCUUUAUCGUUUUCUUUUUCCCCUUUUCGUGUGGAGCUUUAGACCAUUUUAGGGUUUUAGGCUAUUGAAUUCUUAGCUUGGAAUGAGUGAAUUUUUAGGGUUUUCGUCUCUCUUUUGGAAGAUUGAUUAGGGUUUUUAACCUUCAAAAAAGGGUGUGGCUGUUUUCCCCAGAUUUUGCAACAACCGUGUUAAUUUGGGUGAAUUUAUUUCUCCAUUUCAAUGGAAAUCCAUGGAGGAAUUGAGCUGAUGGCUUUCUCUUUAUCCCCUUUUUCCUUUGAAAUUUUGGGUUUGUUCUGUAAUACUUUCACAAACAAGAAAAUUAGUGUUCUUCUUCUUCUUC